CUUGAGUAUAUUGCAACAACUGCACCCGCCGGCGUGCGGGGCCCGUCGCCGCGGGGGAAGGGGCGACUGAGCCGAAAAAUGGCGCGGCCCCUGUGCCGGCAUGCCGCGCACAAUGCAGGGCGGGAAGUCGCAAAACGCAAUAAGAGGCAGGCGACGCUAUCCCGCGCCGCCCGAGCCUCAUUGACGGAGAAGAAGGCCCGCGCGUAAAAUGUAAGCCGCGCGCCCUCCUCUAGCGACGCAGUUUCCCCCCGGAGAGUGGGGCGGGCCGAGGCAAAGCAACCGCCCCCGUGCGUUGAUAUUUAGCGACCGGGAGCAGUUUGGGGCGCGUUGCAAUUCGGUCGCCCCGAUUCCGUCGCGGCAAGGCGCGGCCGCAAGCGAAGGGCCCACGUGCCGCGGCCAAGCCGCGCAUUGAACGCAUACAGACAGACUCAAUCUCGACGGACCCGCAGCGCGCUUCGCGGCGGCGCCGGCCCCCAAUCAUUGCGCAGCCUCUUCUGAUGCGCGUCCGACCCGAGCGAAAGAAACCGCAGGGCCGAUUUCUUGCAUCUCCGCCAAUUGCUGGAGCAUAAACAGACCGCGACCCGACACGUCCCGGGUAAGGUGAUGCCUGCGGUUGGGCUAACAAAAUCACCACCGCAACAAAAUGCGGGGCGUCGGAAAAGACGGAAACGCCGACGAUGGCGCCAAGGUUGGCAAGAGAGGCGAUUUCGACAAAGGCGGUAAGGCGGGCACUUUCGCCAGGCGCGUCAGCAGUGUGGGGCAGCCAGCCGCGAAGGGCGCCGCUGCGGCAACUCAAUGAGGUCAGGCCCGCCGCCCGGGGGGGAGGCUGCCCGGCGGGCUACGGCAUUGCCAGAGCGCUGCAGAUGUAUGAAGGGGUGGGAGAAAGUUCCAAGGCGGUGCCUAGGUGCGCAGACCUAUUCCUUCCCGAUAAGAGGAUGGGCGGCGCCGGGAUUGGGGCGCCGUGCGGCCGCGUCUGCCUGGAUCGACAGGGGCGGGCGGGGCCGCUUCACAUUGCGGCGCCGCGCAACGGGGUGGAUGGGUGCAUGGGUUGCGCAGGGCGCGUUGGCUGAUUUCACGAAGCAGCGCCCCGGGCCGGAGGUUCGCAAUCAAUCUCGCCGAGAAAGAAGCGCGCGCGCAGCGCGCAAAUCCGGGCGGCUGCGCGGCAUGUGCCCAAGUUGGAGGACCGGACGAGAAAAAUCAGCGACGCGCCGGCGCCCCUAA